AUGGAUGAAGGCGCUCGCAACACUGUCGAAGAGCAUCUGCGAGACUUUUUGGCGAAAAGAGAGCCGCCGAAAACGCUUUGCCCAUCAGAAGUUGCUCGCGCUCUCAGUGCCGAAGAGCUGAACAGCCUAGGCCACGCCAAUUGGCGUGAUGCCAUGCCAUCGAUUCGAGAGGUAGCCUGGAGACUUCGCGCCGAGGGUGUGUGCGAGGUCAUGCAGAAAGGCAACCCCGUGCCCCAGAAUAUUCACCUUGAGGAUAUCACAGGCCCCAUCCGACUGCGUAGGCCGACCUGA